AUCUGGAGAGGCGCUCCUGAUUGGCCUGAGGGGCCCCCCAGCUCCGGGGACGCGUCCUCCAUUCAGCCCACUCAAGGGCCUGCACUGCUGCAGCCGGCCCGACCCCAACGGACGGACAGACGGAGCUCGUCGCCGCCGCCGCCGGCCGGCCGUGCGCCGGGCCUGGCCCAGGCCUGAGCCGGCAGCCCCCCGCGGACCCCAGCCCCUUCAUGGACAGCCGAGCGCCCCCGGCCCGCGGCCAUGGCAUCGGACAGUGACGUCAAGAUGCUGCUCAACUUCGUGAACCUGGCGUCCAGCGACAUCAAGGCGGCCCUGGACAAGUCGGCGCCCUGCCGCCGCUCCGUGGACCACCGCAAGUACCUGCAGAAGCAGCUCAAGCGCUUCUCCCAGAAGUGCUCGCGCCUCCCUCGGGGGCUCCCGGGCCGUGGGGCCGAGCCGCCCCCCAGGCGGGGCCCCGACGACCGCCCGGGGAAGCCGCCCCCCGAGGGCAGCCCCGGCGGGGGCGCGGAGGGCGGUGGCGGCAGCGGGGAGGAGACCCCCGGGCGGGACCCCGACGCCGCCCAGCCUGGCCAGGUGCCCAUGCGGAAGAGACAGCUGCCCGCGUCCUUCUGGGAGGAGCCGCGGCCCACGCACGGCUACCCCGGGGGGCCGGCAGGACCCCCCUACGAGGGCAAGAAGCCCCGCCAGGCCCUGGAGCCCCUGGGGCCUGCGGCCCCCCGGCUGCAGGCCCACAAGGAGCUCCUGCGGAUGCCGGGGGUGGCCCUGGCGGGCCGGGCUGGUGCCUGGACCUGCUGCCCCUUCCAGCACCAUGGACAGCCCAUCUACCCGGGCCCUCCGGGGGCCCUGCCCGCCAGCCCCCUGCCCAGCCUGGGCCUGUGGAGGAAGAGCCCCCCGCCGCCCGGGGAGCUGGCCCACUUCCGCAAGGACGUGGACGGUCCGGGCCCCAAGGUGCACCGGCCGGUGGUGCUGAAGCCCAUCCCCACCAAGCCGGCCGUGGCCCCCCCGCUCUUCAACGUCUUUGGCUACCUCUAGCCGGCGGGCGCCGGGGGCGUGGGGGGCGCGGCAGGGGCGCGGGGCGAGGCCGGCGGCUCCGGGGCGCCGUGGGGAGGGGCUGCACCCGGCCAGACCCGCACACCUUGGGGCGCCCCCGUCCGUACCCCAGCCGCCCCCGGAAGCCAGACCCCUGCCCCUGUUCCCGUCACCCACCCACCCUGUCGGGCCCAGCUCACUUGCUGUUCAUUUUCGUUCUCUGUAAAUAGUAAGAAGGUUUCAAAGAAUAAAGUUGUUUCUUUUGC